AUGGCUGCGAAGGAACGUCGAAAGGUUGCUGAACUGCUAGAGAUUGAGAAGGAGGUUCAGCGUUUGUGGGAGGAACGCAGAAUUUUUGAAUGCGACGCUCCGGAUGAGAGUGCGACGCCAAAGUUUAUGACUACAUUUCCUUAUCCUUACAUGAAUGGUCGCCUACAUCUAGGACACACAUUUACCUUGUCCAAGUGCGAGUUUGCAGUUGGAUUUCAACGCCUUCAGGGGAAAAAAUGUCUUUUUCCAUUUGGAUUUCAUUGCACUGGAAUGCCCAUAAGAGCUUGUGCGGAUAAAUUAAAACGAGAAAUUGCACUUUACGGUUCUCCACCUGUUUUUCCAGCAACGGAAAGUGAGCCGGUGGAGAAAAGAGAAAUCACUGCGGAUGAAGUGAUUAAAGAUAAAAGCAAGAGCAAAAAGAGUAAAGCGGUGGCGAAAGGAGGGACUGCAAAGUAUCAAUGGCAAAUAAUGCGAUCGCAGGGUCUUAAAGAUGAGGAAAUAGCUGAUUUUGCAGAUACCAGAUAUUGGCUUAAAUAUUUUCCUCAGCACUGUAUAGCUGACCUUAAACAAAUGGGAUUGAAGGUUGAUUGGCGAAGAUCGUUUUUAACUACAGACGUCAACCCGUACUAUGAUUCUUUUGUCUGCUGGCAGUUCCGAAAAUUAAGGGAAGCGAAGAAAAUAGAGUUUGGAAAAAGGUAUACAAUCUACUCACCUAAAGAUGGGCAGCCGUGUAUGGAUCAUGAUCGUUCUAGCGGCGAAGGUGUUUCAGCACAGGAAUUCACUCUUAUCAAGAUGAAGGUCCUUGAUCCGAAGCCGAAAGUUUUGAUGAAUAUUGAUAGACCAAUUUAUUUGGUUGCUGCUACAUUGCGACCAGAAACAAUGUAUGGUCAGACUAACUGUUAUGUUCACCCGGAUAUAUUGUAUUCUGCAUUUUUUGCCAAGCAAGAUGAAAGUGAAGUCUUCAUUGCAACAGAGCGAGCAGCACGUAAUAUGAGUUUCCAGGGAUUAACAGCCGUUAAUGGCGUAAUUCAUUUUGUCGAUGGAUUGGAGAAAGUACCUGGGAAAGAAAUUUUAGGAGCAAAGUUAAAGUCACCUUUAACGAAAUAUGAAUAUGUUUAUGCGUUACCUAUGCUGACUAUUAUAGAAGACAGAGGAACGGGUGUAGUGACUAGUGUCCCUUCUGAUGCUCCAGAUGACUAUGCAGCAUUAAGUGACUUGAAGAAAAACAGUAAUUUAAGGAAGAGAUAUGGUAUUACAGAUGAAAUGGUUAUACCAUUUGAACCGAUCCCAAUAAUCGAUAUUCCGACAUACGGAAACCUGGCUGCGGUACUCAUGUGUGAAAGAUUCAAAAUAGAAUCUCAGUACGAAAAGGAGAAAUUGGAGGAAGCGAAAAAGGAAGUUUAUCUAAAGGGCUUUUAUGACGGGGUCAUGUUAGUAGGUGAUUACGCAGGCCAGAAGACAGCUGAUGUUAAAAAAAAGAUUCGUGAUGAUAUGAUUGCUCGUAAUGAAGCUGAUAAAUAUGUUGAGCCGGAACGAAAAGUAAUAUCACGUUCGGGUGACGAAUGCGUAGUUGCUUUAUGUGAUCAGUGGUAUCUCAAUUAUGGGGACAAAGAAUGGAAAGAAGAAACUAAACAAGCGUUGUCAAAGUUAAAUACUUAUUCAGAUGAGGUGAGACGAAACCUAGAGGCGACAAUUGAUUGGCUCCAUGAAUAUGCUUGCUCUCGUUCAUACGGUUUGGGUACAAAAUUGCCGUGGGAUCGACAGUAUUUGAUUGAGUCACUUUCUGACUCCACCAUCUAUAACGCUUAUUAUACAGUCGCGCAUCUUCUGCAAAGUGAUAUUGAAGGUCAGAAAGCUGGUCCCCUUGGAGUCAGGCUUUGUACAAUUUUGAUGAAGAAACUUGCCAAAUUACGAAAGGAGUUUUUGUACUGGUACCCAGUUGAUAUGCGGGCAUCAGGUAAAGACUUGAUUCAGAAUCAUCUUACCUUUUACCUGUUUAAUCAUGUUGCAAUUUGGAAGGGUCUUCCGCAGUUUUGGCCUGCAGGCAUUCGCGCCAAUGGUCACCUGCUGCUUAAUAAUGAAAAGAUGUCUAAACACACUGGGAACUUCAUGACGUUAUUCGAAGCUGUUAAGACAUUUUCUGCUGACGGGAUGCGCCUAUCCUUAGCUGACGCUGGGGACUUUGUGGAAGACGCUAAUUUCGUUUACAGUAUGGCAGACGCUGGGGUUUUAAGGCUUCACAAUCUGAUUGCUUGGGUGCAAGAAAUGGUGUUACUUCGUCAACAAAAUGGAUUUAGAUUAGACUCAAAGAGUUCCUUUGCCGACCGCGUUUUCGAAAAUGCUAUGAAUAAAGCAAUUUCAGUCACAGCAUCAAAUUACAAGCAGACUUUUUUCAAGGAAGCUUUAAGGACGGGGUUUUUUGAAUAUCAGUAUCGUGAGUUGUGCGGCGGUGACAGUGGCAUGCGUGCUGACCUCGUUUUUCGUUGGAUUGAAACUCAGGCGCUUAUUUUGUCUCCAAUAUGUCCUCACGUUUGCGAAAAGAUAUGGAAUAUCCUUGGAAAGGUCUCUAUUAUUUUUAGCUGUUGCUGUUGUUCUUAUGCUUCAGUUUUAUUCAUUUAUUAUAUUUUCCGUAGCUCGUCAGUCAUGGAAUUUCGGACAAGGCUCAAAAAUCACUUUGUUGCAAAGAAAAAGGCGACAACUGUUCAUGCUGGUCCCCCGACAGAAGCUAUCAUUUACAUCGCUCGUGAGUAUCCUAGCUGGCAAAGGGAAGUACUUGGCGCUUUAGAUGAGAUAUGUAAAAAGAACAAUGGUGCUCUACCUGACAAUAAGGAGAUUUUUUCCUCGUUAAUAGCAAAAGACUCACUCAAAAAGGUUCUGAAAAAAGUGAUGCCAUUUGUGCAGAUGGUCAAAGACAACUUUGCUGUAAUAGGCGUGAAAGCUUUUGAAGUUGGUUCGCCGUUUGACCAAGCUGCUGUGCUAUACGAGAAUAUGGACUACAUUUUGUCAACAUUGGAACUGGAAAAAGUGACCGUCAGAGAUGUAACUGAGCCGGGAGUAGAAAAAAAUUUAGUGGAAAUGACAUAUCCAGGUCGACCAGUAAUAAUGUACAUGAGUCAAAGGAGUGGUGUCGAUAUCACAUUUCGUAAUGUCGAUGUUUCCUCUGGUCUAUUUUCGUUGAAGUUUAAUGUAUUGGAUGGGGAUACAGUAACGACUUUGGAGAGACGGAUAAGACGUUUAAAUAGAAGCAUCAAGCGUGAGUACAAAGUCUGCUGA